CCGCCUCAGGCUAAGGACCCGUCGAAGAACUCGAACGCCUGAAAACGGAUCUCACGCUUGAGGAGGCGCCUGGAGCUGGCGCGCCACCACCUGUACCUAUGGCUUCGAGACCGGGUCCUGCAGCCCCGCCUGCUGGUCAGAAGGCGAAAGCAGUGUAUGAUUAUGAAGCUGCGGAAGAGGGCGAGAUUGGUUUCGCGGAUGGCGAAAUCUUGACUCAAAUAGAGCAGCUCGACGAGGGCUGGUGGUCUGGAACAAAUGCCAACGGACAAUCUGGUCUAUUCCCCGCUAAUUAUGUCGAGUUGAUUGAAGACGAUGGCCCUGCCGAGGGAGAGGCACCACCUGCCGCCCCUCCUCCACCUCCGGCACCCCCGGCGCCCCCGGCUGCACAAGCUGCAAAUAGGGAGGCGGAGGAAGAGGAAGAGGGCGAAGUCAUGGUCGCGCAAUACGACUAUGACGCGGCUGAAGAUAAUGAAAUCUCGUUCAAAGAGGGCGAACGGAUCACAAAUAUUGACAAGGUGGAUGCCGAUUGGUGGCAGGGCACCAACAAUGGCAAGACUGGUUUAUUCCCAGCGGCUUAUGUGUGCGCGCCUGACGAGUACCAGCCAUCAUAGCGGACACCGAUUGCCCCGGAGUUCUGUGUAGCGUAAAGAAUCAGGGCCUCUGUAUACGGUCCCAAAUGAAUGCACGAAGUGUCUAUGCACACGUCUCUGCAUGGCUACAUGAGUGUAUGGAAAAAAUGUCGUUAAGUUUGCCCUCAGCGAGCUUGUGUAGAGUUGGAGUUCUGUGAUGUCGUCGUGUCGUUUUGUGGAGCUGAACGA